AUGAAAAAAAUAUUAUAUGAAUUAAAGUGUAUAGAAAAAGAAAAGGAAAGAAAUGGUUUGGGAGGAAAAGACACACCCAACCUUUGGUUAUAUAAACAUUAUAUAGAAAAUAAAAAAAUUUUAAAUAAUUUAUACAAUAUUAUUAAGAAUUAUUAUGAUUUAAUUAACUAUUUUGAAAGGAAAAAAAAAAAAAAAAUAUUUUUUGAUUUAAAAAAAAAUGAAUUUUCUGACAAAUUUGAUAACGAAAAUCAACAAUGGAUAUGGAAACCACAAAGGAAGGAAAUGAAAAUGGAAAGAAAAAAAUUAAUACAUUAUAAAUAUAAAGAUGAAAUAAAAAAGGUUAUAAGAAUGAACAAAUCAAUUAACACUUUUAAAAAUAUGACAAAACGAGUUUAUAUUUCAUAUAGAAAAGGGGAAACAAAAGGGGGGAAAAAAGGGGAAAAAAAAAGGAAAAAAAUACUAAUUAACAUUGAGAAAAAUAUAAUUUUUAAUAAUUUAAUUUUAGAAAUUUACAAAUUUACAAUUUCUAUAUGUAACAUAAUUAAUGAUAAUAAUUUUGAAGAAAGCAUGGAUAUAAAUAAUAGACAAUUUAAAAUGGGCUUGAUAAAUAAUCGAAAAAAUAAAAAUAAAAAAAAAUAUGUAUCGGUAAAGAAUAAUAAAAUAAAAAGUUUUAAAACUGAUAAUGAAGAAAUAAAAGAUAAAAAUAAUGAAUUUAUGAAUGUUGGAAUUUUAGAAUUAAUUUUAAAAAAUAGUAUUGGACUUGUUGGAAAAACAGAAAAUAAUUUGUGUAAUAACAACAAUUUAUUAAUUAAAAAAAUGGAUAAUAAUUUAUUAUAUAUAAUUGAUAGUGAUAUUAAAUUAAUAAAAAUAAUGAUGUAUUUUAAUUUGAUAGAUAUAUUUACUUCUUAUUUUUUAUUUAUUUCAAAAUGUAUAAAUAAACAAUUUAUAUAUUAUAUCAAUAUAUUUAUUAUGAUAAUUAACAAGUUUAGGAAUAAAUUUUCAUUACUAUCAAAAACUAUUAUUGAAAACAAAAAUAUAUAUACAAUUUUUUUUUUAUUUUCUAAUGCUAUAAAAAAAAACAUACUUAGCAAUGGAACUAAUGUGUAUAGGUUUCCAUAUUUUGGGAAAAAGACGGAAUGGGAUAACACUAACUUAUUUGAUAUCAAAUUGGAAAAGGGAAAAAAAUACUUUUUCAAUGAUCUAAAUAAGUUUUAUUUUAAUUUGAUGCAUGCCUAUGCCAAAAUUAAUGACAAUGAACGUAUUGAAAAUGGUGAACAUGAUGAAAAUGGUGAACAUGAUGAAAAUGAUGAAAAUGGUGAAAAUUCGUUUAAAUGUACGAGGUAUGCUCACGAUAUGUUGAGCAUUAUAAAACUAAUGAAUAGUAGCAAGCCUAUUAAAAAUAAAGAUAUGAUUGAAAAAACAAUUAAUCAUAUAAUAUUAAAUGAUGAGGAAGAAUGUGAUUGUGUUAAUAUGGCAUUAAAUAUUGAUGAGGAAAAUAAAGAAAAUAUAAAAUUUUAUAAAAGUUACAUAAAAGAGCAUAUUUGUAAUUUUUUUGAAAAUACAUAUAAUUUAAAAAAAAUGAAAAAUAAUGAUUGUGUUAAAUCUAGAGAAGAGGAUACGAUCAAAAAUAAUAAUAUAUCUUUAUUUGAAAGUUAUAAAAAUAUUUUCCACAAAUUUUUUUAA